AUGGCUCUGCGGACCAAGCUGGCAGCAGCGGCUGAGAGGGACAAGCUUCAAGCCAUGUACAUUGAGCUGCGCUCCAGUCUUGACCCUGUGACACAAGAGCAGCAGGCCAGGGCAGUGACAGAGUGUGAAGCUCUGCGGGAGCACGCCAGGACUCUCAGCAUGAAUCUUGAGUCUCAUGCACGAGUAGUAGAGAACCUGAGUUUCCUCAACAGCGAGCUCGUGGAUGCUGCAAACUCUCGUGCCAUUGAGAAUCAGGCUGCUGCCGGUGUCAAGGGUGGCUAA